GGCGAUCGAAUCGGGUACGCGCACGCAGAAAAAGCUGGCUAUCAGAGUCGUUACGUCACGUCACGGAGCCGCAGCAGCCGACAGAGAUGCUGAGAUCUGCGGCAGACCGCGUUCGGAUCACGCGCGAUGGGAUUCCGCUCCGCGUCAGCGCCGUCGCCUCCAAAUGUAGAGGAUUUUUUCUAACCACACCCGGCUCCUCUUUGGCUCAAGAACUGAGCAGCAGGAACCCGAGCGGGAUCCAAAUGCCCAGCUCGGUGUGAGGCAGUUCUUUGAGGGGGAAUAGAGAGGACAGCAGUCCUGGUCCACAGACGGAAUGAGUGGAGGGGCAGAGCAAACUGACAUCCUGAGCGUGCUGUCCCUGGUCAAGGACCGAUGGAAAGUGGUGAAGAAGAUUGGAGGUGGUGGGUUUGGGGAGAUCUACGAGGCACUGGACCUGUUGACACGGGUCAGCGUGGCGCUGAAAGUGGAGUCGGCUCAGCAGUCGAAGCAGGUGCUGAAGAUGGAGGUCGCCGUGCUGAAGAAGCUCCAGGGUAAGGACCACGUGUGCCGUUUUGUGGGAUGUGGACGCAACGACCGAUUUAACUACGUGGUGAUGGAGCUUCAGGGUCGUAACCUGGCGGACCUGAGGAGAAGUAUGGCCCGGGGAACCUUCAGCAUCAGCACCACAUUGCGUCUCGGCCGCCAAAUCCUAGAAGCCAUCGAGAGCAUACACUCUGUUGGCUUUUUGCAUCGCGACAUCAAACCAUCAAAUUUUGCCAUGGGUCGCUUCCCCAGUACUUGUCGAACCUGUUACAUGUUGGAUUUUGGUUUGGCUCGUCAGUUCACCAAUUCCUGCCAGGAGGUUCGACCUCCUCGUCCAGUAGCAGGGUUCAGGGGAACAGUUCGCUACGCUUCUGUCAAUGCCCACAAAAAUAAGGAGAUGGGUCGUCAUGAUGACCUAUGGUCCCUCUUCUACAUGCUAGUGGAGUUUCUUGUCGGCCAGUUGCCAUGGAGGAAAAUCAAGGACAAAGAACAUGUGGGGAAGCUGAAAGAGACCUAUGACCAUCGUCUGAUGCUCAAACACCUGCCUACAGAGUUCAGCAUCUUCUUGGACCACAUCUCCAAUCUUGACUACUUCACCAAGCCUGACUACCAGCUGCUGAUGUCAGUGUUUGACAAUAGCAUGAAAACGUACAAUGUCAUGGAGAAUGACCCUUAUGACUGGGAGCGGACCAGUACUGAUGGCACCUUGACUAUCAGCGCCAGUGCUACAACACCGCAGCAUCACACCCGCCUCACUCCAGCACACAUGGGUAUGGCAAAUGCCUCUGUGAUCCCUGGAGACCUGCUUAAGGAGAACACAGAUGAGGUUCUGCAGGAUGACCAGCUCAGUGACGUGGAGAACAACCCCGUUCCUGAGCGCCUACCAGGGUCUCCCAUCCACCCUCUCCGCUAUCAGGAGGCAGAUGUUUGGGAAGAGCUGGACCGCAACCGCAACCGUAUCAGGACGGCAGCCUGGAAGCCAAAGGCAGAGGAAGAUCACUGCAAAAACCAGAGCAACCAAGGACACCAAAGCCCCUAUGCUGGGCCAAGCCUGGGGUCCCCGGUCAAAGUGCAGUCUGAUGUGGUGGCUCCAGACCGUGAAGGGCUGCUGCUGAGGAAGCUACGCAACAUUCACAGCUUUGAGCUGGAGAGAAGACUUGGUCUAGAAUCCAAGCCAAGUCCGGAGCGCUUCUUGGAGGCCUGUUCAGCAAAGCAGCUUGGCUCCCAGCAGCAGAAGGAGGCUGAAGGUGCUGCAGUCAUCUCAGUGACUCAGGGCCAAGCUGUUCCUGGUGUUGAGCGGCCUGAUCGGGUGUGGCAAUAUGACGAGGAGUUUCUGUCAGGUGGCGGCUCCCCAAAGCCAGCAUCCCCUGGAUCUGUGGAUCAGGGAGAGGGGGCAGCUAGCAGUGGGGGUUUUGUGGCCCUCAAGUUGAGCUCUGGACGUCAGGACUUUGACUCAAGGGAAUGGGUGAUGGUGGAGCGACCCAGUGGCUCCCCAGGACCCAAGGUUACCACCAGCCCUUCAGAGGAGGAUGACGAGGAGCCAGAGGUGCUCCAGCCAGGGGAACGAUCUCCUGGAUGGGAAAAGGGCAGCCAAAGCCCUGGCUCUGGCAAAGGUAAACCAGAAAGCCCAGCUUCCUCCACUGGAGGUGCAAAAGUGGACAAGUUGGAGAUUAGUGUUGGUCCUGCAGGGGUUUUCCCCCCUGUUACUCCAACCAGUCCUGCUGAAGCUAUGGCUGAGGGAGUUCUCACUCAGCUCCCCACCUCUCCUCCAUCCUUGCCCGAGGAGGUUGCGAUCCGGACGUCUAGUCCCAUCCCUUUGCGCUCUCCCAGUCCACGCACCCUCCCGACCACAUUGUCAGACCCGCUACACCACCGCCAACUGCCGGGCAUGAGGCGCAGCCAAUCUGCCGACCAACAGCAGCAGGAACACCCCUCCUUUUCCUCCUCCUGCCAUGCCUCUCUACCACUCUCGCCAAACCCUGGGCCUGGCACCUGCUCACCCAGUCGUAGGAAACUUCCCACCAUCCCGGCAGGCGCUGCCAACACUAAGUUUCCCUCUGUCAUACGUAUCACCCGCGCCCAGCUGCAGCAGCUGACAGCUCAGCGCCCAUCUGGCCUGUCCUCCCAGUCUGGAUCAGACAGUGCGCCACAGUGCCUCCUGCUCAAGAAGCGUGUUGAAUCGGAGCAGAUUCGGGAGAACACUGCAAAAACCAGCUGCCUCCAGGAAUGUGUGCCCUCCCAUCUAGGGACACCCACAGACCCCCUGAUAGUUAACGGAGAAAGCCACACCAAAGCCCAAAGCCCCGUGCCAAGCCGUGUGACAUCACCGCACUCUCCCAGUUCCCCAUGUUUGCCACCUCCUCCUCACUCACCUUGCUCGCCUCGCUCCCCGCACUUAGCUCACAGUCCCGUGCUUGCCAAUGGCCAUCUGUCUCCACUCGCUAACAGUCAAAGAGACCAGCUCAAAGACCCUGAGAAAGAUCCCAGCCUCAGUCCCCAUGCCACAGACCAGAAUCUCAUAUUGAUAGAGGUGAAUAAAAGUGCCGAUCAGGUUGCAGACCAGACCAGUGGACUAGCCUCUUCCUCCCCUGCUGCCCUCCAGAAGGACCCCAGCCGAAGACAAAGUCGCAUCCCUGUGCUGGAGCCCUCUAGUCUGCUGGAUCCUCCUCCCCCAGGAUCUGCCAAAGAGAAGCUCCUGCAGAAAAAAGCUAACCACCAGGGCUCAGUCCCUUCUCCCACAGCCUCACCGUCUCUCUCUGACAGACGCGGGCCCAUGGUUGCCUCGCUUGCUAGGGACCCGUUGUCUUCAACCUCUGACCGCUCUCAAGAGGAGGAUUCACUUAUGGGAUCUCAUUCCGACCGUCAGGGUGAUGACGCGCCUUCUCUCUCAUCCUCCUCCAGCCCCCUGUCACGCAAAAGCAGGAUCCCUCGUCCCAUUUAUCCAUCUUCUUCUCCUGAGAUGCUAGCUGCCCAGUUUCUGCCACGCCCACCUCCUGGAAAGCCACCUUGCCGCCCUACAGUGGAUGGCAGGCUUCGUCGUUACCGCAUCCAUACUGGCAGCACCAGUGACUCCGACCUCUUGACAUGCCUUGCGCAGCUGAUGCACGGUUCCCGUGGGUCCCCUCUUCACCACCGCAGCCCUGCACCGCACGGCAGUUCCAGAAUGGGAAUCUGCAGCUUGACAAGCUCUCCGCACCACCACCGCAGCUCCAGUGCAUCCCCGCGCAGCUCAUCCUCUCUGCAGCGAUCCGUCAGUUCCUCACCCUCCCGCCACGAAUACCGUGGCGGUGGGGUAGGAGGCUGCCUAGGCCGGAGCCACUCCCCUCCCAGCUUCUCUGGCUCGCCACCUCCUCGCCUCUUCUACCCACACCACCAGGACACAUGCUGCAGCCGCCAGGUCCGCGCAGGCCUUUAUCACUUGUCGAAGGGAAAGGGAUGCAGCCGAGAGAGCAAGUGCUCUAGCAAGCUGAGCAGAUAGUCACCCCCCGCUCCCCCAACCCCAAGGAAAACUCCAAUCAGGAGUGGGAAGUCUUCCUGCCUGAGUUUAAUUAAGCAGAAAUAUUCAUACUGGCGUCUCUCCUCAUGCACCGCUCUCUGCAUCCCUUCAUUUUGCACAUUAGGUUGGUUUUUUUGUUUUUAUUCAAAGAACAUAUUAUAAGAACAUAUUUAUCCACACUAUUAAUGCACUUGGAUUAUAAUGAUGGAAUAUGAGUAUUGUUGAUCAUAACUUAUAUUGUUCAGCGUCAUCUCCUGUGCAUUUGGAGAUUGCAGGCAGGGUAUAAUACUAACUUAUGCUGUAUGUGAAUGCAUAAAGCUAGCGUUUGUGUACAGUGGUAUUAUUGAGAUAUUUAUUUUAAUGUUGAGCAGUGCUGACAGCUUCCUCCCUCUGUUUGAUUUUAUGAUUCUGUACAUUUAUUUUAAAUAUUUAAUCAAAAUGUGUCUUUAUACAAUCGUAUAAUGUGUGUACUAACACACCUUACUGUGCCUACUGUGUUAAGAGGGAACUUAAACAUCACACUGAAUGAAUUUCAAGACAAAAUUGUGAAGCUCUUUAUCAAAUUUGUUUCAAACUACUGGCAUUAAUGGCACCACAAGUUUCCUGUAAUAAUAGUAGUAGUAGUCGUAUUUGUAGUAGUAGUAUUCAUACCAAUAGAGUUAUAAAAAUUACACCCAUUACUGAUUAAUAUAGAUAUAUUCAGAUAUUGUCGUCGCCUGUGCCUUGGCACUUUGGGCAGCUUGACGAUUCACUUGGUUGCUUUUGUAGAAAUAAUUUUUAAAAAAGAAGAAAAAAGACAGCAAGGACCCUUUCAACUUGUUUUCUUUUACAUAGAAAACUUAAGCACUGCUAAUACUAUUAUAGUGUAAUUUCAACACAAUUUGAGGUAAAGGUAGCUCAAGGUUAGAGUAGCUCCUGUAAAAAAGAAAUAUUUUAACUUUUUUUCAGCUUUCUGGAGGUACAAAGUCUGUGUUUAGACUAAAACCUUGAGAAAUGUGAAAUGCCCAUUUAAAAAAAACAUUUUGUGAAAAGUUAUUGGAAAUGGAGGCCAUACUUGAUAUACAUAUAUUUCUCGCAGUAAAAUGAUGUUUGAUGACUCCAUGGGCAAGAUUUUUGUAAAAUCCCUUCUUUUUCUGCCAGAGAAUGUCUUUUAUAGAACAACAUACAGUAUUUCUUGUGAACACAAAUGUAUGGUUGUUGCCAGCCACAGUUUAAAUUACACUGGGGAAAAAAGAA